AUGGAUGGAUGGAUGGAUGGAUGGAUAUCAGAAAAGAAAAAAAAAAAAAGAAAAAAAUCUCUCGUCGUUCCCGAAAGAACUACUUUCCAGCACAUUAUCCGUCUUCUUAACACCAACGUCGACGGUCGUGUCAAGAUUCAGAUUGCCUUGACUUCCAUCAAAGGUGUGGGUCGUCGUUUCGCCAACAUUGCCUGUAAGAAGGCUGAUGUCGAUCUCACCAAGAGAGCUGGUGAACUUUCUUCUGAAGAAUUGGAACGUAUUGUCACCAUCCUCCAAAACCCUGCUCAAUACAAGAUCCCCAACUGGUUCCUUAACAGACAAAAGGAUAUUGUUGAUGGCAAGUCCACUCAAGUGAUCUCCAACGUUCUUGACACCAAGUACCGUGAAGAUCUUGAACGUUUGAAGAAGAUCCGUAACCACCGUGGUCUCCGUCACUACUGGGGUAUCCGUGUCCGUGGUCAACACACCAAGACCACUGGUCGUCGUGGUCGUACUGUCGGUGUCUCCAAGAAGAAAUAA